UUUCAGAAUUAGUUAUGCCGAGAAGAAGAUGAAUCGAACGUUUUCCUUGCGCCGAAAAGUCAAAAAGUCGGAAAUUUCAACGCCGAGCAAUUUCGAACAUCGAAUACACGCUGGAUUCGAUGCAAGAUCAGGAACUUAUACUGGACUGCCAAAACAAUGGCAAGCUCUUCUUGGACCUCCUCGAUCAAUAUCAAGACCGAAGCCAAUGGUCGAUCCAUCUUGCAUUACACCGGUAGACGUCGCUGAACUGAAAACUGUAAUUCGAGGACCAUCUUCAAGAUACAAUUCACCACUCCCCUUUGGUAUGACAAACUCUCCAAUGCCAAGUGUCGCUAGAAGCAAUAGUCUUCGAAUAUCAGCAACAGCUUCACCUGUUGUUAAUGUUUCAUCUGCAAGACAUUCAUUCCGUCCAACGCUUCCACCAGUCAGUCAAAGAGGAUAUCCAUUUAAUGAUCCAAGUUAUGCUCCGUUACCUCUACGCAAUCAGAAACCACCAAUGUCAACAACAUUCGGAGUAGAGAAGCCACAUCAGUAUCAACAAAUAAUAACUAUUGUUGCACCAUCAAGAACAACGACUCCUCAAUUACAACCCAAAUCUCCUUCAACGCCACAAGCCAUGCGUCAACAGCCGAAAUGCACUGAAGGUGUCAGCGAUGAAGAGUUUCGAAAUGCGCUGAAAUUCGUAGUUGACGGCACGGAUCCUCGUUCGGAUCUCACAGAUUACAAACAAAUCGGAGAAGGAUCAACAGGAGUAGUCGAAGCUGCAUACAAGAUAUCAACAAAACAAAUAGUCGCUGUGAAAAGAAUGAAUCUCCGGAAACAACAACGCCGAGAACUUUUAUUCAAUGAAGUAUCAAUACUUCGGCAGUAUCAACAUCCCAAUAUUGUUCGAUUCUUCUCUUCUCAUCUUGUUGAUGAUGAACUUUGGGUUGUGAUGGAGUUCAUGGAAGGUGGAUCCUUGACAGAUAUUGUGACUGCAACUCGUAUGACUGAGCCACAAAUUGCUACCAUUUCAAGGCAGGUUCUUGGUGCUCUAGACUUUCUACACGCAAGAAAAGUAAUACACAGAGACAUAAAAAGCGACUCAAUUCUACUGAAGCGAGACGGAACUGUGAAACUGACGGAUUUCGGUUUCUGUGGUCAACUAUCUGAAGAAGUUCCUCGUCGUCGUUCGCUUGUUGGUACGCCUUACUGGACAGCUGCAGAAGUUAUUGCUCGUGAACCAUAUGACACUCGUGCUGAUAUUUGGUCUUUUGGAAUAAUGCUCAUCGAGAUGGUAGAAGGAGAACCGCCGUUUUUCAAUGAUCAGCCGUUUCAAGCAAUGAAAAGGAUACGAGAUGAACAUGAAGCAAGAUUUAGUAGGCAUGCCAAGGUAUCUGUGGAACUCUCUGAAUUGCUUUCACAUUGCAUUGUCAAAGAUGUUAAUAAACGGUGGCCAGCUAAAGAUUUACUUCGUCAUCCAUUUUUUGCAAAAGCUCAGCAUUCUUCAUCAAUUGCUCCUCUCCUUCUACAGUUACAGGGUAACACGAUUAAUGGAAAUAAUCCACCAACUCAUCAUCACUCAUCUCAAAUAACUACAGUAAUUCAAUGAUGUUUUUUUUCUCAUUUACACCAUCUCAACAUGCAUCAUUUCACAUUCAGAUCAGUAUUACCCCUUUCCUUGAUUGAUUUCACCUUGCUAUUAUUGUAUGUAUGUAUUGCUUGUAUGAUGAUGAUAACUCAUUAGAGAGACACCACACUGCCUUUUAUGCAACAUUUUUCAUGUACUUCACCCCUAGAAGAAUGUUUCUUUUACGGGUUCAUUUUCUCGGUUUCUUCUCCUCUCACAAAUUAACAUCAUUUUAAUAUUCUUUUUUUUUGUUUUAAUAAAUCAAAAUACAAAUA